AAGGGUUGGAAAAAAUCGCAGCGUUUCGACAAGUCGCUUUAUUUUAGUGUGUCUGGAGCGAAUGAACAACCACGGUUUCAGACUCAGUACAAAUUUUCGAUUCUAUUUACAGGAACAUGGAUGGUUUUGUGUAUUUCGAAAGCAAAUAAUGCGCAUGUCAACGAUUGUGCGUUUCAUUUUAUUGGAUACAAGAGAACAACAACAAAGUGAUGAAGAAAGAAUACAAGGUUCCAUGGGUGAUAUUGAUUUUCGAUGGAUUUUACGGCAGCAUGAGUUGCGGAGGCCGAGAUAUAUCCGUGGAUGUAGGAGGAAGAAAUAUCUUACGGUUACUGCAAAGAGGAUUUUGAAUGAUGAUUGCAAAUGCAGAUGCCUUCUUCACCGCAUUCACCGAGUUGGUAGCCUCCCUUGCCACAGUAUUCUUGGCACAUGGCUUUGGCGUGAACGUCGACCAUCAAAUGACAGCGUUGGCUGUUCGGGGCAGCUGCUACCAAGGAGACAGCACAUAAAACGAGCAUCGAGAGAAAAGUGGCUUUCAUUAUUGAAUCAAAAAGGAAAGGGGGAGAUGAAGAGGAAGGACCAGGCAACGGAUGUUCGAUUAAAUUUUAUAUGGAUGAAUUACAUUGUCGGGGUUAAUGGUAGGAUGGGUUUGAUCCUUUUUUAUUUUGGCAGAUUCAAUACGCUCACUCACUAUCAUUGAUUUAGGGGUUCAUGGUUACACAAUUACCCGGGUAAAAUGUUUUUUAUUCAACCUCAAUCUUCUUCUUCUUGUUGGUCUUUAUCUUACUUCAUUCGGGUCAAGUAAAAGUAAAAAGUGCCAACGUUAGGAAUCGCCGCAUGAAGC